CGAUUUUGAAUGGUAUACGAAUGUAAGGAUUCGAAUAUCACAAGAGGUAGAGACCGAAAUCUUUGCAACUGUCAGCUCUAGGCGAAAAUCUUACGCGUGAAAAUAGUACAUGCUCGUCUCGCGUUCUCGCCGCUGAAGGCGGUCACGAAAUACGAAAAUUUACAUCUUUCAAACUUUGUCCGUUGCUGAAGUGCAUUCGAAAACAAAAUUAUGCCAAACAUGGGCACAAUCAAAUUUUGCGAAGUAAGUAUAUAUAAAUAACCCGCCAUCUGAGUUCAUUCAUAACUGAACUGCUCCCGCAGUCCACAGCUAUUUCUUCUCGCCUAACUUCCAAGUCUCAUCAUGGCCAGUAUAAAGAAGCAGCCCGACCAAAAGCAGGAGUCAAACGAACCAAGUUGCUGCUGUCCACGCCGACUCAAUCCAUGUUUAUUGUGGUCAUCAAUAUGCAGCUGGUAUUUGCGUCUUCUAAGACAUUUCUUUGGCUGGUUUGGGGAAAAGAUUGCUACGCAUCCGCUGAUAACAAUUCAGAUAUGUCUUCUGUUUGUCAGUGUUUGUUCUGUGGGGUUUGUCUGGUUCCGGUCAGAAACAAGAACUGACAAACUUUUCGUACCUCAAAGCAGCAAGGCUGUUAAGGACUUGGAGACUGCCGAAAAAUACUUCCGAAUCAAGUUUCGAGAAGAAAUCGUCCUUUUGGUGGCAGCGCCUGGUCAUCCCAAUGUUCUCUCUCCUGAGUGUCUGAGGCAGGCUUUCCGUGCCCACAAGGCAGUUAUGACCUUAGAAUCUUAUACCGACUUCUGUGUUACACUGUCGGGGAACAAAUCCAGAUCAUCAGAAGACUGUGUGAUGAUCAACCCGCUGGAAUUUCUGCAGUUUAAUGAGAGUUACCUGAUCAAUAAAGACAUUAGCCAAAUUCAACAUGAACUAAGCAAAGCCUUAAAGAACACAAGCUUCAUCAUGCGAAACGGACGCCCCUUCUGGCUCAACUUGAACCGAAUAUUUGGCAAAAUCACCCGAAAGCAAGAGAACAUAACUGGUGCGAAAGCAUUGCAAAUAGUUUAUCAUAUUCGCGAUCCGUCCGAUGAAGACGCCCGCGAAAGGGUCCUCAACUGGGAGAAGAAGUUUAUCGAUAAGAUGGCUUCUGUGGUGGACAAACUUCCCUGCUUUGAAGUCCACUACUCGAGUGAGAGGAGCCUGGAUGACGCUGUCGCUGAGAGCAGUGGGUCUGACGUCAAACUGGUGUCAAUCACUUACACUCUCAUGAUCUCCUUUGCUUGCAUCAUGCUGGGAAAGUUUAAAAAUCCGCUGACCGGCCAUUCCCUGCUCGCUAACGCAGGAGUGUUCGCAGUGGCUCUGGGGAUUCUAGCUGGACUCGGCCUCGGUAUGUGGUUCCGAGUGCCAUUUGUCAGUAUCGUGGGAGUGCUUCCGUUCCUUGUCCUUGGAAUCGGCCUCGAUGGCAUAUUCAUCUUAGUGGAUGAACUUGACCGACAGCCGUGUGACCUUUCGACAACGGAAAAGAUCAAAGCAGUCAUGAGGCAUACAGGUGCGACUGUUACUAUGACAACUAUGACGGAUUUAGUGGCAUUUGCAGUCAGCACAUCCACCUCAUUCCCAGCCAUUAGGUAUUUCUGCAUCUACGCAGCCCUGACAGUAACGUCAUCAUUCCUAAUGGUUGUCACCUUCUUUGUGGCCGUCAUGACCUAUGACAUAAGAAGAAUUAAAUCCGGUCGCAGAGAUUGCCUCCCAUGCUGCCUGGCGCCGCGACCCAAAGAUGGAAAGCCAGCCUGGGACGAGCCCAUCACACAGACGUCAAAUCGAGUCAUGAAGACUUGGGGAAAAUUCUUGACGUUUCCAGCAACAAAAUGCUCGGUGAUAUUCAUCUCGCUGCUGCUGCUUGGAGCUGGAAUUUACGGAGUCACUCAAGUGGACGAGGCGUUUAACAGAAGAAUCCUAGCAAAAGAUGAUUCUUACUUGAAACAGUUUUUGACCGCUCAAGAAAAUCAGUUUGACCUUUCUAUUCCAGUGAGCAUCGUGGAGACUGGCGCGUUAGAUUAUGAGAAAUAUACAACCCAGCAACAGAUCAGAGCAUUGACAAACAUCGUGACGGAAAACAAAUACUACAGAGACCGCUCGUUAUCCUGGAUGGACACGUUCUCUCGUUACGCUGAGCAAACUAAUAAGAGCAUCACUGGUCCUUACUUUUUGCCUGCCUUGAGAGAAUUCCUUCGUAUUCCAGCCUUUUCCCAUUUCAGUCAAGAUUUGAAGUUUACCACGGAUGGCACCAGACUGGAAGCCUCUCGCAUCUUUGGAUUUAUGAAGAGUACCAGCACCUCCACCAUCCAGAAAAACGCCAUGCUCACACUUCGUGAAGAUAUCACAGAAAAGUCGGAACUUGGUGCCUUUCCAAUCAAUCGACUCUUCAUAUAUUUCGAGCAGUACGCCAUUACUUCCAGGGAAACCGUAAGAAACCUCAUUAUCGCAGCCAUAGCGGUACUGCUUGUUACAAGCCCCUUUUUAGUGGACUGCACAGUUACGUUCAUUGUAGUGCUGAACUUUGCGGCCCUGAUAUGCGAGUUAUUUGGACUGAUGGUCAUCUGGAAUGUUUCCCUUAAUUCUGUUUCUAUGGUUAACCUCGUUAUGGCCAUUGGAUUUGCAGUCGAUUACAGCGCACAUAUCGCGCAUGCGUACAUAACGUCAAACGAAGCAACAGUCAAUGGACGAGUGGUAGAUGCCUUGAGUACAUUAGGAGCAAGUGUAUUCAUGGGAGGAUUCAGUACCUUCCUUGGCAUGGUCGUUCUUGCAUUUGCCGCAUCACAGAUCUUCCGUAUAUUCUUUAAAAUGUUCUUCGGCAUCGUCGUGCUCGGUCUCCUCCACGGCUUGUGUAUUCUACCUGUUCAUCUGUCCUUGCUUUGCUGGAGACCAGCUGUUGGGAUCAGACCCUCCUCACAUGAGGACACUUCCAAGAAACAAGGCAAUGAAUACAGCCGAGUUGAUACACUCAACGCCCCUGAAUCUUUGAAGGAUGAAUGUGACAGGGAAACAAACGUCUAAAAGAGGUGCCUUGCAGGUUUUAUGCUGUUUGGGCAGAGGUGCCUUGCAUUUUACUAGCAGUCCAGUAAAAUUGCUGUUUUAGCUAACUAAGCCAACUAAAUGACUUUUAACCUCGAAAAGACAAGAUUUUAAUCGAAACAACAACGUGAAUUAUCGCCAAUAAGCUACUCACACGUCACUCGUGACUACGCUUCGUUAGUGCUAAGCAACUGCAAAGCUUGUCUGAUUGUCAUAAAACCUUAUCCAGCAUAAACGCCUAUCAAAAAAUAAUAUUUCUCAAGUGGAACCAACAAGCAACCAACGUGGGAAGAAGCGUGUGGAAAUUAAGCGAUUGAUUUCAGGUUUUUGUCGGAAAUAGGAUUUAUGGACUGACCAAUUUAGUUGUGCACCAAUCCCUUGAAAAUCGUUAGUCCACAAGUCCCAGUACUAAAUGUGUAAUACUAAUGCUGGACUAUUGUAAAAUACAUUUUCACGGAACACAUCCUGAGAAAUGCGAAGGUGAUGAUUUAUGGAAAAAGAGAAGGUUUCAAAAUUUGAAAGGUAUUCAAAAGUUUAGGGAAGGAAUUUUAAAUCAUAUUAUUCUUGAUGAAUACUCAAAAUAUCUUUUAUUUGUCUGAAGAAAUUAGCCCAUUUAAAAAGUAAAGCAAAUUUCGACUGAAUAUUUCAACUUUUUUUUGAAAAUUUUGAGUAGUACACAAAUAGUUGGGAUCAGUCCUGUCAUAAAUUUAGUGUUUUCUUCCACAUUGUUAAAAUUAAUGUAGGGCAUCUGUUCAUUAAUCAAAGAGAGUUUUCUUACGUAUUGGUGUGUAAUUUGUAUUGUGGUGGAAGCCCAAGAAAGUUAAAAGAAAAAACCGCACUGA